ACAGUUUACGAUUUUUUUCAGAUAUGUUAUUUGUAUAAAAUGAAAAGAAUAGUGUUUCUUUUGCUGUUUCUUGCGAUAGAUGAUUUAACACAAGGAAAUGAUGAAGACCUAACUGUUGAUAAAGUUCAGGACAAUCCAGCAACAACUGAAGGAAGUGCAUUUAUUUCUACAGAAAGUGAUUUUGAUCAGGAUGAUCCAAAAGAAAAUUCCGAAAACUUUGUUUCUUUUGACGGCAGUGGUGAUCUAAGUCAAAGUGAUCUAGUUGAUUACUAUGAUGAGCAAGCUAAUCUAAACAACAACUCUAUUAUUGUUAAAAGUGAUGAGGCUGUUACGAUUGAUCAAUUUGAUCCUGACCAGGACAAUUCCAGUUACAAUGGUAGCGGCAUGAUGCAUCUUUUUGAUUCUACGCUAGAAGACAACGAUGAAGACCAAAAUAUUACAGAAGUUUUAGAUAAUAUUGAGGUUGGUGAAAACAUUUCUACAGAUAUAACUACUCCAGAUAUUAUUGAACUAUUUGAAGCUAAUGAUGAGUGGAAUGAUAAUUCUACACUCGAGAAUGAUUCGACCAAUGAAACAUCUCUUUUGGAAACUUUUGAGGAAGUCCAUGACGAUGUGUUUGAAGAAACUUCAACUUCUGACCUUGAAAGAAGCAGCCUGGAGAACACGCAAUACUUAAUCUCAAGACCUUUGUUAUCUAAUUCUGAUAUGUCCACACAACCCUCUUCUCCAGCAUUAUCUGAAAAUCAGUUUGAUGAGCAGACUUCUCAAACCACUCAAGAAAUACCUAUCUCCAAAGUUCAGAUGGAACAAUUAUCGCCAACAUCGGGGCCUUUUUUGUCAUCUCUGGAAACUAAAUCAGAACAUUCGUUAGAAUCUAAGAAAACAUCAACUGAAUCAUCGUUAUCAACAUUUUCUUUAGAAUCAUCAACUGAAUCAUCAUUAUCAAAAUUUUCUUCGGAAUCAUCAACUGAAUCAUCAUUAUCAACAUUUUCUUCAGAAUCCUCUCCUGAAAUCUUACCCAGUCCAUCUCCAUCAAGAACACCUGAAAUAUUCGAGAUCCUAAGUGAUAAUCUUCCAAUUGAUAUAGCUCACAUAACAGAUUUGGUUAACAAUAUAACGAUGAUGUUCAAUCGUAACGAAAGUACUCUUUUUGAUGAAGAUUUUACUGAAUCUAAGGAGGUUGCGGCUUCUAACAAUAAUAAGGAGGAAUUUGAAACGUUGACAAAUCAGAACACUAAUGAAGAGUUUAUUUAUGAGAUGCAAGACAUUAAUAGUUCUUUGGAUAAUUGUGAUUGUAUUUGUGAUCAUAAAGUCAGGUACAAAGUUGAUUCUGGUGAGGAGGAGAAAAUUGAUUUUGUUUUACAGGGUUCAAGUCAUUUCUGUUCAGAUGAAAAUCUAGAGCGCUGUUGCACCGUUGUGGAUUUUAAGCCACUUGAUGUAGAAUCUAGAAUCAGGUUUCCAGACGACGAUGAAAUAAACAUUGCUGAAGAUAUAUUGAUAGAUGCUCAGGGUGUGCCCAGGCUCUGCCACCAGUUUAUCCAGAAUAAUGGUGAAGCACUCUCUACAACUACAUCUACUAUACUGGAGAAGGAAGAGAAGAAUUCGACAAUUAUUCUAUCUGAAGAAACAGAAGAACAGAAGAUAUCUCAUCAUAUAGGACCCGGAGAAAGUUUAUACCUGGAGCUAAAUCUGAACCAGGAUUAUGCCGUAGAAAUCAAGGGUUCAGCUAGAACUCGUCUUCCAAUUAUAGGUUUGAGAUCUGGAGCUCCAAACCUGGUUGAGUUUGAGCUGGUGGAUAUCCUGGAGCUGGGACGGAUGGAGUUGAAGGUUCUCCUCCUUGAAGUUGGAGACUGGAGGUUCAAAAUAGAGAACCUGGAAACCUUCCAGCAGGAGAUACUUCUCACCAUCAACAUUAAACCUCUAGAUUAUUCUCUAAACCUGUACAUGCCUGGGUGUAAGUGGAUGUACGGUCAGCAAAUAUGUACAAACACUGUUUCUUGUGUACAUGGGUACAGAAGUGAAGGUGGUUGUAAGUGUAACCCGGGAUGGACAGGAGUAACAUGUAAAAUAAGACUGGAGAAGUGUGGAGAGGAGCUGUGUACUGGGAGAGGGGAUUGUGUUUGGGAUCAAGACAAAUUACAGUUUAAAAGAUUGCAUUGCAAUUGCUCGGAGGGUUAUACAGGACAAUUUUGUGAAACUAGAACCUGCCCUAACUGUAGUAAGGGUGUAUGUGAUGUAUCUGGAACCUGUUCCUGUUUCCAAGGGUGGGGUGGAGAAAAUUGUUCUGAACCUGUUCUUUCUUUAGAAACAGUUUGCCCGAUGCAAAUACAGUCUCAGCCAGAUGAGUGUACACUUGAAUGUGUGAACGGGUUGUGUGAGGCUGGUGUGUGUAUCUGCAACAAAGGCUGGGAGGGAGAAUCCUGCUCUAUAAAGAUGUGUGAUCCAAGAUGUACAGUACACGGUACAUGUGAGGGAGGUGUGUGUUCAUGUGAUGAAGGUUGGGGAGGUACCCACUGUACACUGGACUACUGUCCUCAAUCCUGCUCGGGGCAUGGCAGUUGUGUGAAGAACAGCAAGAUAUGGUCCUGUUCCUGUUCAGCUGGUUGGUAUGGACCCUCCUGUUCCAUCCCUAUAGAGAACAGCUGUGAUAAUGGUUUAGAUGAUGACGAAGACGGACUAGUGGAUUGUGAGGAUCCUGAAUGUUGCUGGAGUGAGUCUUGUGCUCGGAGUCAGUACUGUUCAUCCGUCCCAGAUCCUGUAUCCAGAUUAGAGGAGCAAGGUGAGAAGAGGGACGAGGAACAGGAGGAGUUUGUCUCGUUCUUUGACAAGAACAAGUUCCUCAUUGAGAAAGGAUCCGUUCAAAGCUAUGCAAAUAUCCAAGAAUUCGAUCCAAGACGAGUCUCUAUAAUACGUGGCCAGGUUCUCACAGAACGGGGUGAAGGUCUGGUUGGGGUCCGGGUAUCUGUAUCAGGAGCUAGGGGCCAGGGGUUCACCCUUACCAGGAGUGAUGGUUGGUUUGAUAUUCUAGUUAAUGGCGGAGGAUUCGUUACUCUUAGGUUUGGUAAAAGUCCGUUUUCCCCUGCAACAAACAGUAUUUUUCUCUCCUGGAAUGAGAUAAAGAUUAUGGAUGAAAUAAAAUUAUAUAAAAAUAAUCCUACUUCAACCCCUCGAACUACAUUCUUCUGCAUAGAUCAUCAGACAACUGCCGAGGUGCGUAUCGGAUACAAAUACAAGAUGUGUCCGGAUAUUAUUUGGAGAUUUCAACUAGUUACACUUCACGGAUUGUUUAUAAAGGGAUACUACCCAAAAAUGCGAAUACAACUUCUUGGAGAUUCUUAUCCAAGCUCUUUACUCUCUAUCUAUACAAGGAUAAGUGUUGAAGGUGUUGUACAUAACUCUGUACAUGAAGUAGAUAAGAACUUGAAUUAUGAAUUUAUCUGGAAUAAAAGAGACGCCUAUGGAAGAAAAGUAUAUGGACAGACAACUGCCGAGGUGCGUAUCGGAUACAAAUACAAGAUGUGUCCGGAUAUUAUUUGGAGAUUUCAACUAGUUACACUUCACGGUGAUUCACCGUCCCCUUGGCGACAACAGCUGUUCCCAGGAUGGAGCUUUGAUAUAUUACACAGGUACAAUGCUAAGGAUGCUAUUCUUUACAAAGGUGACGGGGAUGUUAUCGAUUUAAAGGAAAGUCGAGAGAAAUUGGUUAUUAGACUAAAUGAAAAUUUUACCAAGACAAUUAUCGGACCCCAGGCAAUGUUGGCUGAUGGAGAAGGAAAUAUUUAUGUUGGGGAUUCAACAUUCAUCAGAAAAAUUGAUCAUUUAGGCCGAGCUACAGAUCUCCUUCGCUUAAACAGCAGCAGUGCUUUGAACAGAUAUUAUCUAGCUCUGGACCCUGUUGAGCAGUUUAUCUAUAUGUCAGAUCCAACUAACUUUAGAAUCAUCAAGAUAGAUACACAGACUAGAGCCAGAGAUUUAUUUCAUAACAAUUUUCAGGUUGUGUUGGGUGGACUGGGAAAAUGUCUUGUUAAUGAUGAGACUGAUUGUGGAGAUGGGAAAGAAGCCAGGCAUGCCAAGCUUGUCUUCCCUAAAGGACUAGGAUUUAUGAGGGACGGUGAACUCAUAUUCAUUGAUGGAACAUCUCUAAGAAUAUUAAAUCUUGAUGGGACGGUAGAAACUGUAGCUGGAGCCCAUAAACUAGCCUCUGAAUGGAAACCUCAAAGGUGUGGAUCUGAAAGGGAGGCAAGGGAUGCCAAUCUAAACUGGCCAACAUAUCUAGCUGUGAAUAAACUUGAAAAUAUAGUGGGUAUAGUUGACCAGGGAUCAGUGCUAGAGAUUGAUCUAAAUGGAAGACUGACUGAGCUCCUAUCGGCAAGCUGUAAGGGAUCAAAACUAGAAUUUCUUCCUAAAAGUCUGAGUUAUACUCAUCAGGGGCAAUUGAUUUUGGUAGAUGAAAAAAAUAGAAUUUAUGAAAGUGAUAAAACUGGUGAAAUCCGUGAGAUAGCUGGAUCUCUUGCAUAUUGUAAGCGACAAGAAAAUGGGUGCAUGAUUUCAGAUUUCAAUCACAUUAUUUCAACAGGUUCAAAAGCUAGAUUCUCAGGGAUAAGUGAUAUUUGCAGUGGACCAGAUGGGGCUUUAUACGUGGCAGAUGAAGCAAGUCAUCAGAUCAGUUUGAUAAGAAACCAUCUCCCAAAGCUGAACCCAGAGAAUAGAUAUGAAAUAUUAUCUGUUGAAACACAAGAACUGUUUGUUUUUGAUGAGAGAGGGAUACAUCUGCAGACCAGAGGCGUGUUUGCUUCUGCAACUGGAUAUGCAUUUUUCCAAGACUCUCAAUCAGUUAUGCGGAUUAGCGAUACAAAUUCAAAUGUGGUGGCGUUAGUUAAAAAUCCUGACAAAGGGUUUUCCAUUCUCUUGCCAACCGGGAAGGUAUAUGAAGUAAAAGCGGAUAAGAGGAAUAAUUUGGAAUUUCUACGGUCACCUGACAAUUUGGUUCAUGUGUUUAAAUACCUAGACAACUCAGGGCUACUAAACCGUAUAUUUACAGGAGGGAAGUUUCAAAGUGUUUUUGAAUAUGGUUUAUCUGGUGAAUUAGUUGACAGAUUAACUCCUGUUCCCCCAACAAUGCUGAUAGAACCAACAUCAUUAUAUACUGCAGUUGUUAAAAAGCAGGAGAAUGAGCUGGUAAAAGGACUGUAUGAUUUCGAAUAUCUACUGAAUCCCCUUCCUUCCACUAGAGAUCUUGUGUACAAUAGUACAACUAAGCAUAGAACUAACUGGGGAUAUUUUAUUCAUGUUCUCAACUCAAGAUCAUCAUUUGGAAAUAAUGUAGAUGGCAUUGGAAAACGAUUCCUUAUUAAUGGAGUUGAAUUGUUCACAUCGGAACUCCAUCCAAGAAGCAUGCUGCAAUCAAUCUACCAGGAUGGAACGCAGCUUCUUAAAAUAGAGCAUUAUAAUGUACCUAAGAGAACCUUCUAUCUACCCUACCCAGCCCAGCAUUGGGUUGAUCAGCAGUACGACAAAGCAGGUCGACCAACUCUCUGGGAGUGGGCAGGGAAAAAAGAACUCCUUGAAUAUGAUUCUCAGGGCAGGAUAAGUACGAUUAGUAACUGUUACAAUACUAUCUUAUCGUACUCCUACAACUACAAUGACUCAACUUAUCCAAGUGAGGUAUGGAAGAACCAAAGUGAAUAUAAACUUCAGCAUGAUAAUAUUGGAGGACUUCAAUCAAUAUCCACUCCUUUAGGUCAUCAGUUUUACUUUCAUAUGCAAGCAGUCCUGGGACAUUAUGCCUUGUAUUUUAAACCUCCCUGGCUUGAUUCAGGUCUAAGAUUUGAUCUAGAUUUCAACGGGAUGUUGCUAAGGAUUACCAAUGGACAUGAAGCUGUCCAAUAUUUACAGAAUAGUUCAAGAACUCAAGUAAUCACCCAUUCAGCUAUACUCACAGAAACCUUGCUAGUUAGCACUAAGAGUCAGCUGGUUCAAGAUUUAGUUUCUGGAAUAAAUAUGAAAACAGCGUAUAAAUAUACCAGAAAUGGGGUAUUGAGUUUCUUCCAUAAAGAAAACAGCACUAUAUUUGAAUAUAACUGUGCACAAAAGGAUGAUACAAACAUGGUUAGUAUUGACUGUAAUGGAACGCUAUAUGAUAAAUCUAUCAGCUUCCAGAAACAAUUUGAUGUGAGAAAUCAAAAAGAAAUAAAAUACAAUGAAAUCUCUGUAACUGCAUCUCUUCACACCCUUGUUUAUUCAAAGCAUGAGCUGCAGCUGAAGGUUGUUGAGGAUAUAUAUGGAAACGAGGAGAGGGUUGAGUUAAAAGUGAAAAAUAACCCCAUAUACACAAGGGCAACAGAGUACAACUGUAUAGGACAAAUUACUAAGAUCUCCGAAAAAAUGAGUUCUCAACCAACAAUUACAAGCUUUACAUAUACUACAAAUGGACACAUCAGCACAAUUAGGACUACCCCUGGAGCAAGCUGGUCAUAUGGAUAUGAUGAUAAUGGGAAUUUUAUCCAUGUUGAUUAUGGAAUAGGCAACUCAACAUUUCAGUAUGAAUUCGGGGAACGAGUCGUCAACGGGGGGUUUAAUAAGGUUCUGUACAGUGAGACAGGAAAUAUGGUUGAAGUAGGAGAGUAUAGAUUUGAGUACAAUCAACUAAAUCAGCUGAUUUUAAUGUUCUAUGGAGUACAUUCUAGCACAGAGUUGAUUUACGACAUGAAGGGUCGAGUAAUAGAAAUGGAAAAUAAGGUUUCUGGAACGCUAAUUGCACUACUGUACAUGGAUGAAAUAAAUCCUUGGCUUGUUACUCAUGUGUACAACUCUAAAAGUAAACAAGUCACUACUUUAACAUACACAAGGUGUGGACUACUGUUAUCAGUACAGGUUGAGGAUAAAGAAUAUUUGGUGAUUACUAAUAGUCAAGGAACUCCUACUCAUCUAUUCAACACCAAUGGGGAAGUAAUAAAAGAAUUGGUCUAUACUCCGUUCGGAGCUCUGCUAUCCGAUACUAACCCUGAUUUGGAAAUCUUUGUAGGAUUCCAGGUAUAUUAUCAGAUACUAACCCUGAUCUAGAAAUAUAGGAUUCCAGGUAUAUUAUCAGAUACUAACCCUGAUCUAGAAAUAUAGGAUUCCAGGUAUAUUAUCAGAUACUAACCCUGAUCUAGAAAUAUAGGAUUCCAGGUAUAUUAUCAGAUACUAACCCUGAUCUAGAAAUAUAGGAUUCCAGGUAUAUUAUCAGAUACUAACCCUGAUCUAGAAAUAUAGGAUUCCAGGUAUAUUAUCAGAUACUAACCCUGAUCUAGAAAUAUAGGAUUCCAGGUAUAUUAUCAGAUACUAACCCUGAUCUAGAAAUAUAGGAUUCCAGGUAUAUUAUCAGAUACUAACCCUGAUCUAGAAAUAUAGGAUUCCAGGUAUAUUAUCAGAUACUAACCCUGAUCUAGAAAUAUAGGAUUCCAGGUAUAUUAUCAGAUACUAACCCUGAUCUAGAA